UCACUGAGCAUACGCUGCAUUCAGUCAGUCAGUCCAUCGGCCACCCGUGUGUCGCCAGCAUGUACGUACGUACGUACGCACAGCACACAACGCAUACACACAGACCACACAGAUUGAUUCUCAUGCGGUACAGAAGAAACAACCAUUUGUGCCAGCCGCCCAGCCCAAGGCUACAGCCCAUCCAUUCAUCAACCUCACCCUCACUCACACAACGAACGGCGAAAGUGGCAUACCCAUCAGUCAGUCCCACUCCCCUCGGCCUCCCCGCCCGUGUCUCAUGUAAUACAGCUAUCAUGUGGUGGUGGUGGUUGUCUCGGGGCCGCCCUGGCCCUCUCGCUCCGCCUUGAGCUUGGCCAGCUCCUCCUACAGGAACGUACCACCCAGACACACAACGCACCGCACAUAUAUACCGAUUGAGUGUGUGCAUACAAACUUGGCUUGAGGGGCAUGGCAUACGUACGUCGCAGGAGGAGACGAGGUUCUGCCAGCACCGUGUGUUGUCACGCGAGUUCGACACAAACUCCUGCACACACAGACACUCACACGUGCAGUGCAGGCAGCCCCUGCCUGCCUCUCUCUCUCUCUGUAUCACUGCCUGACUGCUUACGCACCCACUUACCUCGCAUUUGGUGGAGUAUCUGGCGAUUUGUUCAAAGAAUGGCAGCCACACGACGUUGAUGAAGAAUAUCUGUGCCUUGGCCAUGUUGGUGUUGUACCGGUCGAAGAUCGGCAGCGACACACCCAAACCCAGCGCCUGCUCUGCACACACACAGCACAGCAGACAGAGGACAGAACGAACAGCAUGAGCGCAUACCAUACACAUCGAUCGGUCCUUGACGGAAUGAAUCAUCAAUCGCUUGCCUUUGUCUCCCUGGUCCCAGAAUUCGUUCAUGCACAUGCUGGCCCACUGGGUGGCCAGCUGCCACGGCUUGCCUGAAAAGCGAUACAUACAGACAGGGAGCGACACCACACCCGCCCAGCCACCAAUGUAAUGGCAAGACAGACAGAUAUGGAUCAGAUGAGGGUGUUCGGUUGGUUAGGCAGCCUGUCCUGCCUGGGUUAGAAAUGUCGGCAGCGUGAAGUAUGACGGAGAAGAACAGCUCACGGUCACUGGCAUUGCCGCCAGCCUGCGGCAUGAAAUCUGCAUAUAUAUAUGAUAUGCAGCCAGCAACAGUGUACAUACCUAUGAUAUGUGUGUGUUCAUGCCAUGCAAUGCGUGUGUCUCUCUCUGUGUGCGUCUUGUCUUGGUCGCCUUGCCUUGUGCGUCUAGUCUCGACUUGAGAUGGUUCUGAAUCAACGUGUGCUUGGACAUGUCAGCUGCACACACACACAUACACAGACAGACAGCCACACGGGUGCCGUGUGUGUCUGCAGUGAGUGACUGUGUUUGUGGGUGGUCAUAUAUGUCUUACUGUCCAGGACCAUCCUCAUCGCCAGACGCCGCAAAUCACGGCGCCUGAUCACAAACAGAGGCACAGACAUGGCUGUGCUGUGCUGUGGUGUGCUGGGGCACUGCAAGCCUGUCUGUCUGUGUGUGUAUGUCGGGGGCGGGGUGGGGCGUGUGUGAUACUGAACUGUUCGUUGUCCCAUUGCUGGAAGAGCCCCCCGUGCGGCAGGCUGAGCAGCAGCUCGAAGGCUGACGCCACGUGGUAGUUCUCCAGCACCGACUGAUCUGCAUGUAUGGGCCACACACAGCACAGCACAGCAGAGCACAGUCAAUCCCACCUAAAGCCAUACAUACAGUGGGUGUAAGUCAAUCCCCUACCGUUGUAUCUGAUUGCGAGGGGGUGGUUGCUGUUGACUGCGAACUGGUUGUUGAACCCCGGGUGUCUGAAGUCGUGGAUGGCCGCAGAAAACAAGAUGGCGAACACCUCAAACGGACUCAUCUCCACUUGCUGUCAGCCACACACACACAGAGACACACAUACAUACACAGACAGACAUACAUACAUAAGUGGGAUGGCUGGGUGUGUGUGGGUGUGUGUGUGUGUGCGACCCUCCUGACUGACCUGUGCGAAUUGUGCCUCAGUGAGCAUCCAGAAAGAUGUGUGGACCACAUCGGCGGCGUGGAUGUUGUUGUGGAACAACUUAUUCCUGUCGUACCCUGCACACACAGAGAGAGACACAUGAGCGAGCGACCAAGGACACCCAGUCCGUCAGUCCUCAAUGCAUGGAUGGAUGCAUCCAUCGAAUCCGCACCUCUCUCGAUGUAGUGAAAGAACGCCAACAGAUCAUCUGCUGGCAGGCGCAACUGACACACACACGCAGAGCACACAGCACACAGCACACAGCCCAGCCACGAUUGAUAGAUAGGUGGUCGAGUGGCUGUCUCCGAUUGAUUCCCCCUAGGCCUGUCUGAGGCCUCCACACCAACCUGUUGUAUGAGGUCGAGUUUGUUCAUGAGUAUCCAGCAUAUGUUGAGCAGCGGGUGCCCGCCGCACAUGUCGCUGAACUUGAAAAUGUCAAACGACAUACUCCCACCACUCUCACCGAAGUACGACGCUGCCUGAACCCACCCAAGCAUACCACAUAUAACAUUGCCCUCAUUUGCUGCGUCCAUCCGUACGUCCAACUAGCUAUCUAUCGUCACCUCACCUGGGCGCUCAGCAGUCCUCGGAUUCUCUCCGCUUCCUGCCGAACGCUCGUAUCGCGUGGAAACAGCAACGGCUCCAGCUCCCUGCAAUGCAAAUCCACCGCACACAAAGCAUAUACAUACCACGCAUAGAAAGUAAUCGAUCGCCAACCGACUUGGGCAAGGGUGCUGGGGAUGGUUGCGACUCAGAGUCGUCCGCUUCGGGCCGGUCGCCCUGCUUCUUGUCCUUCGGCGGGCCUGCAGAUCACCAGAGGAUCGUCCAAGAACAGACCCUGCCCUGAUCAAAGCUCACUCUUCUCUCUUAUUACCGUCGCGGACACUGCAUGAGAACGAACACACAACCAGAGGGAAGGAUGCCGAGUGAAGGAAGCAUCAAGAGACGUGCCCGGCUGUGUCUCUCUGUGUGAGCAUACGCGGGGCUUCUGGGAGGGAGUGCGUCGUGUGUGAUUUGGCUGAGCCAUGAGAAGAGCUCCCUCUCCUGGCUCAGCUCGGGGUUUCCCUGCAGCUCGCCCAUGUACGAGAGGUCAUCGAUAUACCAGUGCUGAGACGACAGCUGCUGAAUCGCCUUCAUGCACAGGCUCAAACGAGACUGAAUCGCUGACAAAGAGAGAGAUACACACACCACCAACCCAACCACACGCAUCGCAUCAAGCAGAGACACACGUGUCACUUACUCACACACGUGCUCGUGUGUCUAUCAAGUGUGCGAGUUCCCUACCUGCCUGUCUGCCUGUCUGAGUGCGUAUCCGUCUUGCUUACUGGGGUUGUUAGCGAAUUCGUCCAUUUGUCUGAGGUCGUUAAGGAGGUCGAGUGACUCGGACGCCGGGCCGUGGACUCUGCCCAGCGUCUGCUUGACCACAUCCAACACGUGGUUGAUCUUCACCGACGGGCGCUCCGGCUGACCGCCGCGGCGGGACCCCUGGCUGCCGGGGUCAGACACCUACCGAACGAAGGGAUGGAGACAUACGUUCAUGCCAUGAUGGACGGACAGAGUCCGACAGACAGACAGGUCUGUCGGUAUUCUUGCUUGCCUUGAGCAUGUCGGCGGAGGUGGGGAUACUGGGUGUUGAGUGUCUUUUCUUGGCCAGGUCUCCCCCUAUCCACAGUGACGAGUUGACGCUCGACUGCACCCGCCCCUUGGUGGUGCGACCCGCCCCCAGAAACCUGUCCUGCUCGUCCUUGGCUACCACCGAAGGCAGAAACGUGACUACACCUCCUGUGCCGGCCCCGCCGCCCUGCACCGACCCAAUCGAUGACCCCGGUGUGAAGUCGGGGGCCGAGGCCGAUGUGGGCAUGGGCUUGGUGUGGAGUGAGAACUGCAGCUGCAGAUGGAUGGGCGAGCGGCCCGGUGCGGUGGGGGGGUUCAGGUGGGCGGGGCUGGUGGCCGCAGAGGCGGACGCAGUCGGAGACACCUGCUCGGGGGCGGUGGGCUGGCUGGGCAGCGUCUCUGACUGCUGCUUGUACGCAUCCUGGCUCGUGUGUAGUGCAGACAAACAAGGGAGACACAAGUCAGUAAGCGUGUGCGUGGAAUACAUACAUGUCAGCUCGGCAUUAUUACCAGUGAGCUGAGCAGCUGCGGGAUGGUGGAUGCAUCGAGCUUGCCCGCCUCUGUGAGAUGCUUCUCCAGAAUCCUCUUCAGAUCCUCCCUCUGUGUGAAAGGAGAGACGAAACGCGACAAAGUUAGAAUCGAUCUGUCUCUCAUGCCCGUCUCGCUUACCGAUAUUGAGAAGCGGGUGAGCGCUUUGUCCCCUGUGCCCUCCCCGGGCUCCUUCCCCUCAGCGCGGUACCUCUCCUGACAGACAGACAGACAGACAGCCACACCGCACAGUAGAACCAGACCGAUGGGGGCCUGCCUCUGCUCCUUCCCAAGCUCCCUCGGUGCCGCUGACUGACCAGCUUGUGCAUGAGUUGAGGCAGCUGCUGCAGUCUCCCGUCGGGCCUCCAGUGGUCGUCUAGCAACUUGCGGAAAUCCUCCUCCUGCACAGACAGACACGCGCACACAGACACACUCGUGGCGGUUACCAGAGGGCUGGCCCCACGGGCGCCAGGGGUGGUGCUUGUCGGAGGUAGUACCACGAUGGUGUAUGUGCCCAGCCCCAUGACCCGCAUCAUGGAGUGUUCGGUUGCCAUUGGGGUGGCCUCAUCUCCCGCCUCCUCGCUGCUGUUGGACCGGGAAGCCUCCAUAGAAAUAUAACUUAUAGGCCGGAAGGAAGCAACAAGACCCACAACCCGAUGCAGGCACAAUGACCGACGCAC